CGGUGAGAAGGCAGACUCAGAGGGCAGAACAAACACCUAGCUGUGGGAGUGUCACCCACCUGGGGGAGGGGCUACUGCCCUUUGUGAUGUCAUGAAGGGAAAAUCUCCAAACGGCCUGUUUGAGCACACAUUUUCUGAAAAGUGGAGCAGGCAGAAGACGGAGAGGAUGGACUUUUCUCAUCAUUGGGGGGUCAUCUCCCCCGUGUCUCCUCCUGGGUUUUUUUGAGGACCGGAUCGAGGACCAUGGGUCUGCUGGACGUCUUCGUGUCCAUCAAAGAGCGAGCGGAAAACUUCCUGAACGAGAAGAACGUGGUGACCGACUUCCUGGGGAAGCUGGAGGAGAAGACGGGGAUAAAGAAGAAGAUCAUCGCACUCGGUGCCGUCUCACUGACCGGACUCUACCUGGUGUAUGGAUAUGGAGCCUCACUGCUCUGCAACCUGAUUGGAUUUGUCUAUCCAGCCUAUUACUCAAUCAAAGCCAUCGAAAGUACGAGUAAAGAAGACGAUACAAAAUGGCUGACGUACUGGGUGGUGUACGGCGUCUUCAGCAUAGGCGAGUUCUUCUCAGACAUCUUCCUCUACUGGUUCCCGUUCUACUACGCCUUCAAGUGUCUCUUCCUGUUGUGGUGCAUGGCUCCGAUGUCGUGGAACGGCUCCCAGAUCAUCUACAACAGAGUGGUCCGGCCCAUCUUCCUCCGUCACGAGGCCAUGGUGGACAACUUAGUGAACGACCUCGGAGGGAAGGCGAUGAGCGCCGCCGAGAACCUGACCAGAGAGGUUCUGACCACUCUGUUGAAGAAUAAAGCUCUGGUGAGUCCGUCAGCGCCGACCGCCUCCGAGCAGAAGAGUUUACCGAGUACAUCGUCGGCUAAAGUCACGCCAUUAGAGUCAGAAGAAGAGAAACCGCCUUUCCUGGGUUAACCAGUUCUUCAGAUAGCAGCGGAGGAAGAGGAGGAGCCUAAUGUGAGGAGGAGGAGCUUCAUGUGAGGAGACGAAUCAGAGAGAGUGAAGGUGUUCCUCUUUGAGAUUGAUUCUUUUUUUUAUAUCAGAUGUUAUAUUUAUACUCCAGUCUGUAACAGGAUUUAAUUUAAAAAAUAAUAAGUCACAGUUUGGUUUAAAACUCUGCAGACAGACUCUAAGUUUCUAAGUGUUUUUAUUUAUUUAUUUAUGUAUUGAUGCUUUUGGGGGAUCAGUGGGAUGUUUUUUAAAAGAUGUGGAGCAUCUGAAGUUUAUCACUCAUAGUUCAUACAGCAGACUGCAGAUUCUUCAGCAUGUGGAGCUUCUUUUUUUAAAUUGGGAUGACACAGUUUUGAAGACGUGCAUGUGUUUUUUAAAAAUCUGCAGCUCUGCUCUCAGACAUUUUCAGUUCCACGUCUCGGACUCUGGAGGUCUCUGUUCUUCAUCACACAUGUUGCUGUUUAUACUUUAUCUUGUGUUUUUGUUCUUCAACAAAAAAAAGAGAUCAUGAACUUGAUAUGACAAUUAAACGAUGAUGAGAAAAUAAAUUAAAUCAACAAAC